AUGGCGGGCGUGCGCGGGGCGCUCAUCGUGCUGGAAGGCGUGGACCGCGCCGGGAAGAGCACGCAGAGCCGCAAGCUGGUGGCCGCGCUGUGCGCCGCCGGCCACCGCGCCGAGCUGCUGCGCUUCCCGGAAAGAUCCACUGAAAUCGGCAAACUCCUGAGUUCUUACUUGGAAAAGAAGAGUGAGGUGGAGGAUCACUCGGUGCACCUGCUUUUCUCUGCAAACCGCUGGGAACAAGUGCCACUGAUAAAGGAGAAGCUGAGCCAGGGCGUCACCCUCGUUGUGGACAGAUACGCCUUCUCCGGUGUCGCCUUCACCGGUGCCAAGGAGGACUUCUCCCUGCACUGGUGCAAGCAGCCGGACGCGGGCCUCCCCAAGCCGGACCUGGUCCUGUUCCUGCAGCUGCGCUUGGCCGAGGCGGUGGGGCGCGGCGGGUUCGGCCUGGAGCGCUACGAGGACGGGCCCUUCCAGGAGCGGGUGCUGCACUGCUUCCACCAGCUCAUGGAGGACGUGACCCUGAACUGGAAGAUUGUCGACGCUUCCCAAAGCAUCGAAGACGUGCACCAGGAGAUCCGCGCGCUGGCUGAGGACACCAUCCAGGCUGCCGCCAAGAGGACGCUGGGGAAGCUGUGGAUGUAGACGCGGAGGGACUGCUGCCUCCGGGCCCUGAGCCGGAGCCGAGGAAGCCCCGGUGGAUGACCUUCACGCACAGCAGAGUCCAGGGGGCCCUCGCCAAGGGCCCAGCCACCUGGUGGUACGGCCUUCAGCCUUCCUCUGCCCUCUCACCUGAGGGUGUGGAUAACUUAUUGCACUUUUUACUCAAGCUUCAUGAUAACCAUAUCCAGGUAAUUUCGAGAUCACUGAUGUGGUGAUCACUUUGAAAGCUGAAUUUCCCAGAGGCACGAAUAAAAAUUAUUUGAAAGGGCAUUGUGGCCUGGCUGCUUUGCCCUCAGCAGUUGGAGCGUC